AGCACACGUGACAGGGACUCUUUCAUCUCUUGUUUUCUUUUUUAAUCUGUUUAGAGUAGGAGUUAAAUAAUUUUCUAUCUAAGGGGCAGGAAUGCAGAUGAGGGGGUGCUCAAAGAGGAUAGCAGAGGGAUUUAAGACGCCGCUGCUUAUCAGCGGAGUAACAGACGCGCUGAAGAGCAACGUGACAGCGUUGGUUAGCAGACUCUAUCAAAGUGACUAGCAGAAGAGGACAUGCCAAAACAACUUUCCACAGGAGCAAGCAAACACAGCGAAAAGCAUGCAGAAAGGCAAGCAAACGAGGGGCGAAAGAAGAGCAACUCAGAGAUAAAGUGAGUGAACAUGUCAGACGUAGUUCCUCCAGAAGUGAGACCCAAACCAGCUGUCCCUGCCAAGCCUGCAAAUGUGGGGGCCCCUUCCCCUUCCAGCCCCUACCCGCCCCAGGGGCCGGGCAUCGGAGGAGGUGGCGGCAUCUCUGCUCUUCCUCCGAGUAGCAUUCCAGUCCCAAUCGGGAGUCACGGCCCGGGCCACGGAACCAGUCAUGUUGUUGGUCACGGUGUAGGACACAUUGCAGGGCACGGCGGGGGUCACGCUGCAGCACACAGUGGAGGACAUGGUCACGCCGGCUCCCACAGCUCCAGCGGGGGAUCUACUCUGCUGGGGUACAUUGGUAUUGACACCAUCAUUGAGCAGAUGAGGAAGAAAACCAUGAAGACUGGCUUUGACUUCAACAUCAUGGUAGUCGGUAACAGCGGUUUAGGAAAGUCGACUCUUGUGAACACCUUAUUCAAGUCCCAGGUGAGCAGGAGGAGUGCAGGAUGGGCUCGCGAUGAGAAGAUCCCCAAAACUUUGGAGAUCAAAUCAGUGUCUCAUGUCAUUGAGGAGGGUGGUGUGAAGAUGAAGCUGACAGUUGUUGACACUCCAGGCUUUGGAGACCAAAUCAACAACGACAACUGCUGGGAGCCCAUUUCCAAGUACAUCAAUGAGCAGUAUGAGAAGUUCCUCAAGGAGGAGGUCAACAUCACCAGAAAGAAGCGCAUCCCUGACACCAGGGUGCACUGCUGUCUCUAUUUCAUCUCCCCAACUGGGCACUCUCUUCGGCAGCUAGACAUCGAGUUCAUGAAGCGCUUGAGCCACUCGGUCAACAUUAUUCCUGUCAUUGCCAAAGCAGACACGAUGACCAUUGAGGAGAGACAAGAAUUCAAACAGCGGGUAAGAAAGGAGCUGGAGAUGAGCGGGAUCGAGUUUUACCCACAGAAAGAGUUUGAUGAGGACAUGGAGGACAAGAGCGACAAUGACAAAAUCAGAGAGGCAAUGCCCUUUGCUGUGGUGGGCAGCGACAAAGAAUAUCAAGCGAAUGGCAAACGAGUUCUGGGAAGGAAGACAGCAUGGGGAAUCGUAGAAGUGGAAAAUCCCAACCAUUGUGAGUUUGCUCAGCUGAGAGAUUUCUUGAUCAGGUCUCACCUGCAGGAUUUGAAGGAGGUCACUCAUAACAUUCACUAUGAAACUUACCGUGCCAAGAGACUGAACGAGAAUGGAGGUCUGCACCCCAUAUCCUCCAACGACACCCAAGAAAGUAACCUGUAGUCAAUCAUUCAGGGGAGGAGUUUAGACAGAGUGAGAGUGAAAACAGUCGAAUGAAGCUGAUAGAUUAAUCUACAGAAUAUUAUAAUCAGUCACCACAGCAUCGCUGCAUGCCUGGAAUACAUUCUAUCUGUAAAAGUUGGUGUCAUUUAAUUGUCAUUUUUUUCUGAUUCCAAACUCCACCCAUCGUUUAAUCCACUUCCUUCCCCACGUCAUCCUGACACAUACACAUAUCAAACCCCUCUAGUUCCAUUUCAGAGUCAUCCCUUUGAAUAUCUGGAUGAAAGGACAGGAGACUUAGUGCCCUUAUAAAAUUAAAAUUUUAUCUACUGCCAAUGCCUUGUCAUUUAUCAUUGUCCGGGUAGUAUGACCUUAGAAAGUAACGUGUUAUUAUGUGUAUAAGAGGCUUAUUUUUAAGUUUUAGUGUUGUGUAGCAACUGAUGUCUGAAUUCGGACAAAUGAAAUGAUUUGCUCUUAAUAUAAAAAUUAUAAUUCCUGUGUAGUAGUGAUGCAUGAGCCAGCUCUGCAGUUGACUCUGUACAGAUUGCUUUUUAAAAAUUCUCAUCAGCAGCUGUUCAUUUAAAGAAAGAACCCCCGUGGCUUUAUUGUCAGGAGGGCUUAACAAACACUACGAGCACUGCUAUCUCCUUCUAUACCCACCCUCAUGAAGAAAACAAAUGAAAUCUCUCUCGUCAAAGUUUCAUCGCUCUGUUUAAGUUUGUGCAUGUUUACAGAGUCCAUGGGGUGCCUGACUGUGCGUACUCUGGAUUUUUUCAUUCCAUAAUUUACAUUAAUGGAGCAAAACACAACCUGAAAAGUUUGGGACCGUGCAGAGGAAAGGAGAGUUUUCCAGCAAAUUUGUGCUGUGCUCACCUGCAUUGGAUGACUAUGUUCUUAUUUUUUUUUUUAUUUCUGGAGUCAGAUGUACUUUGUGACCCAUUCUGCCACUUAAAUUGACAAUGAGCACCCAUUUUAAUGUUAAUCUAAAAACCUGCAGUGUUUGAUUUAAAAUGUAUUUGAUGUAUCUUUAUAGAAAUAAAAGAGUAGCAUGGCCAAUAAUGCCAUAAAAAAAAAAUUAAUUUCACAUACAAGUUCACUCAAAAGGAGUAAGUCAUAUAUAGUGUAAAUCUGUCAUUGAAA